AUGAUCCAUGUCGGUCAAUCAGCCAGUCAACAGGCUACCCCAACCGAAACUGUCACCUCGACAUUUUGCGAAUUCACUAGGUUUGAGAUGAGAUCAUUAAGAUGCACUUCACCUACCAACGAUACAAACAAUCAGUAUGAGAUAUUGCCUGCAUUGAAUGAAAAGACCGGAACAUGGGAUGAAGAGAAGGUGAAAAGGGAAGGAAAGAGUCCUCUUGCCGCUGCCAUUAUCGAGCACCGGACAACGUUCGGUACAUGUACACACACAUAA